CCGGUUAGAGAUGGCUGAUCUACCAGAAAAAUAUCAAAAACUCGCUGGCGAAUAUGCUAAAGUACGAGCCAAUUUUGCCAUUCUUGAGCUGUAAUUUUAAGUAGAAUUGGUUUUUCAGUGUAUAUUGCACAUUUUAAUAUUUCAUUUUAGCUGAAAACCCUGAUGUUUCGAUCCAUUACUUAAAUCAAUUUGCAUGUAAACAACCAGGAUAGUAAGAAAUUGGCCUACCAAAUCAUGUUAUUGUCACGCCCCUUCACACAACAACAGUAAACACCAACCGAGUGUAAACUAUUCCUCUGCAUUUAAAAUAAUGUUCUAUCAGCUUCUCUCUGUGGUCACAGUGUAAUUCUCCAAUAUUUAAUAAAGAUAUUUAUAAUAAUAUGCAAGUCCUUUUUGAAAUAGUAGAAUUUAAAAAAUGAACUUAAUACUUAAAUUGAAUUCUUCAAUGUGGCCCCAAAUUACCAAAUUAUGCUAUUAUAAUAAUUAUUUUUUUGCCCACCCCUAGAAAGUUUUUUGCGGGCGCCCAUGGUUACUAUGUUAGAAUUUUUUGCUGUCCACUGUUCCAGUAUUAAACAGAAACUCGUCCCUCUCCCCCAUAGACAGCGACGAGGCUAUGACAGGCAAUUCAGGCUCAUACCAGCAAGAAGCCAGUAUAGGAGCUGCUCAUUCCUGCCCGAGACAAUCAGGGACUGGAACCAUCUUUCAAAAGGAACAGUUGAGGCGACAACACUAGACACAUUUGUGUCUAUUGCCUCAAGUGCAUAAUUUCCUCAUCACCACCAGUAACAGAAACAUUGCAAAUCCCAUCUACAUGCAUAGGAGCCAAAAUGAUCAAUAAAUUGAUCGUGGGCCCUUAAGAUAUAGAAGAAGAAUUUCUUUUCUAAAAUAGAUUUUAAGCACUUCUGUUGUAUAAGUGUGCUUUUUCUUUCAGUUUCAUUGAUAAAUGAUUUUAAAAAGGUAUUUAGCCACACAUUUUCUGUUACAUUUCAGAUAAAAGCUCAAAUACCUGUAUUAAAAAAAGCAUAUCUAGAUGAGAAAGAAGAAGUCGGUCAAUUGAAAGAGGUAUUAAAAGAGCGGGAUCAAACAGUGAGAAAGUAUGAACAAGAGGUAGACAGCCUAACAUUUCGCAAUCAACAGUUGUCAAAAAGAGUAAUAGUCUUGCAAGAAGAACUAGAAACAUCUGAAGCUAACAGUAAAAAGAAACAUAAGGUGAUUUUAUUAAUUUUAAAAAAUGUUGUAUUAUAGCUUAAAAAUCAAUUUAUGAAUGAAGUGUUGUUAUAUAAUUUUAAACCAAAUUCAUGCUAGGCCUAUAAUCUCUUAUUUAUUUAGUUAUUUACAAUAUUAUUGCCUAUUAAUUCUUUCUCACACUUGUUCUUCAAUCAAGUUUAAAAAUAAUGUAUUCUAUUAUAAUUAUUUAUCAUAUUUAAAUUAAAUAAAUAUACUUAUGCUUUUGUUUGUAAAUAUAUGAGUACCGGUAUGAGGUUUAUGACAGCAAAAAAUUGUAAAAUAUUUGGUAAAAUAUGCCUUUAUGUUUAUAUAUUUAAUAAUGAAGUCUAAGGAUAUACCUUAUAGCAGAAAAUGAUAAUUUUAAUUUCAAUGGCUAGGAAUUAUUAGAUUUAAUUUUUUUUUAAAUACUAUUACAAAAUUUCUACCCAUUAUUUCAAUACAGAACAAAUCUGAGCCAACAACCCCUGAACGAGGUGGGGCACGGAACGGAGGACUGAAUGUCUUCAAUGAAGAACUGCAGAACAAAAUUGAAGAAAAUGCAUUGCUACACAAACAGUUGCAAGAGCUAUCAGCACAGUUUGACAUGCAUAUCAGGGAGCUGCAGGUACUUUAUGCUUUAAAAUAAUGUCAAAUUGGCUCAUACUUUGUUCUUACAUAAGUUGUUCAGUAAUAAUUUUAAUCAAUUACUUAAUCUACAGGAACAAUUAAAAGAAGCUGAAAAUUCAAAAGGUCAACAUGAAGAGGUCCUUAGCUUGGCUCAAAAAAGAUCCAAAGAAAUUGUUGAUAGGCUACAAGAGGAAAAAGCAAUGUUGGAAGUAAGUGCACAAAAUGUUUAGGAGUCACAUAUUCAAAAACAUGAAUAAAAUGCUGAUAAUUUUUAAAAAAUUGGUAUGCUAAAUCAAAAUGAAUCUGAAUCUGACAUCAGUUGUCUAUUUAUCUUUUUCUUUAAAUCCAUUUAAAAAAAACAAAAAAAACAUUGUAUAUUCUAUUCAUAUAUAUUUUAAUAUACAGUUUAGUCAAUUAUUUUGUUUAAAAAGUAACGCAUAUUAUUUUUACAGGUUAAAAUACAAACUCUUGAAACAGACCUUCGAGACUUUCGUGGACGAUGUGACUUUGCGUAAGAUUUUUCCAAUAUGCUUUACAUGUUACACAAUAAGACUUUGCUCCAAGUUGGAAAACAGUAUGCCAAAAUAAUCUCUAGAAUAUUUUUCGGUCUGUUUUUUUGCCCACUCCAAUUUUUUUUCUCCUUUUUUUAGGUAGGAUAUAUGUAUAUAUAUAUAUAUUAUGUAACUUUAAUUUACACUUAUUUAAUUGUUUUUGUUGUACUGAUGAAGGCAUGUGCCGAAACGUAUACUUGUGUAUUUUUGUAAAAUUAUUAUUAAAGCUUAACUUCUAUUGUUAUAUUGCGAAAAUUGUUCGUGUUUAAUUAAUCUCUAGAAUAUAAAGUGUUUUAACACUGGUAUAACUGCUGUAAAAUAAUUUUUGCAUCAUCACAUUUUAACAAAACAUUUACAGGGACUUUCAUAGAAACCAACUAUAAAGUAAGGUAUUUAAAUCAAAUCUAAAUCUCUAUGACAACUUAAUGAACAUAGAACAAUUUUCUUUUUAUAAAAAUAAUUACUCAAAGGCUUAAACGUUUUAGGAAAGUUAUGAUUUUUCUUUUGUUUUUUUAAUGGCAUGAUACUUUUAACCACAGAGAGCAAAAACUGGUAUCGGUUGAAAAAAGUCUGCAGAGUCGUCUCGAUGUAGCUACAAAAAUUAUAGAAGAAAAAUUACCUUUUAUUGAUACGAGUAAGCAACUUUCUAUUUCAAAAUAUCAAUGGCUUGUUCACAGAUUAGUUGUUGUUUUUUUGCCAAUCCAAGUCCAUCUGGCAGUCACAAGGGUUAUAAGAGGGGUGGCAGUCUAAGCACUAAGUGAUAGCAUUUAAGGUUACUGCAGUUGAUAUCCAUUAUUUCAUUUAAAUAUUUGGUGAAAGUUGUAUUGAAAAAUAAUUUUAAAGCACAGCCAAAAACAUAUAUUUAUCGUUCCAUGGAGUAGAGAUAGAAAUACAUAUUUAGUUGUUUUACUAAAGAUGUCAUAAAAGAUGCUCCAUUUUGCUACCUGCAUAGAUCUAUGGCGUUGUUCUUUCUAAUGUUUUUUUUAUACUUCAAAGUUACAUAUUUUCAUUUGUAAUUCUUUAGUCACCACCUAUUUUAUUUUACUCAUUUUUUUAAAAAUAUUUGCCUCAAACAUUUAGAAAUCCGAGAAGUCAAUGGCCUUAAUGUCCCAACCCAUGACAGGAGACACCAGCUUCGAGCUAAAGAGCUUAUAACUCAAGGAGCUAACUUAGUCGGGGAGCUGACACUAGGCUUGUCAAAUUUCUUCACAUACAGCGAGCAGAGGUCUAAGAUAUAUCCAGCUGAUGGCGUUACGGAACCACUUAGCCAGUUAAAUACCAAAGUGAGUGGUGUUUUUUUUACAUUAUAUUCACUCUGCUCCGGCGCAUAAAUUUAAAGUUUUAAAGUAACACACACUGCUGAAUCUAUAGGUUUCAAUUUUUUAUCUGAUUCUUUUUCUCGUACCAAUUUGCUUUGAAAUUAAACAUUAAUUGUAAAUUUGUUAAUUCUAAAACAUUUAAUAUAUAAUGAGCCAGGCUUAUGUUUUGUAGCUGUAAGUCAGCUUUAUUGGAAUCAGAUUCACUCUGAAACUGCCUGUCAUUAAUGCUGCCAAUCUUUCUUAGAAUGAAAAAAAUUACAUACGCCUGAUCAAAACUAAAAACAGUAUCUCUUUAAGUAAUAUUCUUUGCUGCCUUGAAUUGUAAUCAGUUGAGUGGGCUGCUCGUUAGUUUUGUUAACCAACUGGCUCAAAUUUGUGUGAAUUUUCAUUGGCAUGAUAAACAUUCAUGUUUCAGUUUUGCAAAUACCUACAUGAGAACAUGGUUUACUUAAAGCCAGUUGAACAAUCUUUAAGGAACUUUGUCAACAGCCUUAAAGAUGACUCCCUCACCGUUUUAGUAAGUAAAACGUGUUCUGUGAAAUUUAUAUAACCCUAAUUUUAUUAUUUUUUUAAUGCAUGUUUUUAAUAAGGGACGAAGUUUUGAUUUUAUGUUUUCUUUUGUGCAAGUUGUCAAAUUUAUCCAAUCACUUCAUAGUUUUUAAAAGAAAUAUAUGUACAAAGAAAGGCAUUCUUUAAAAGUUUAUACAAAUAGUACUUACACGCAUUAACCCUUUUUGAGACUUUCAGUGUCAAGGAGAUGGAGCCCUUUUCACAAUCCCUCCACUUACUUUGAACGAUUGUUUUUUUUUAAUGAACUAAUUACUUUAAAAAUAUAGAACUAUACAAUUCUUAUAGGGAUUUUAAUGAACUAAUAGAAUCUUUAUGAAUCAAACUGAAAUCUCAACAUUUUUGUAUAUAAGAGAUCCUGAUUAGCAUAAUAUAUUCAUGCAAUUUUUGUACACACACAUUUAACUUAUCCUACUUGGAGAAUUUUCUUGAAUUUUCAGAUUUUUGAAGCCUAAAUAAGUCCUAAAAAACAUUUGAAUGAGAUUCAAUGUGAAAAAUUGUAUUACAUAUGCCAAUGGGGGUUCUUAUGCCUUUUGGCAUAUUCCAAGGUCACAUGUUUUUAAGCAUUUAAAUUUAAAAGGGUCAAUAGGUACAAAAACCUUGCUAUAAAAUGACAGAACACCAUAAAUUAUCAAUGGAAGCCACCAUUAAAAGGGUAAGAUGAGCAAAAAUCGGAUUAGCUGAUACAAAGACCAGCCAGCCAAUCUUGAGGCUUGUAUUAAUCAAUCAGUGGAAGGGCCCUUCAUCUUUUUCCACCAUUACACUCUGGGCAGAUAUCGGCCAGGCCAUCUGGGUUAAAGAGGGUUAAAUAUUAUGUUUUAUUUUAUGUUAAUUUCUUCCAGGAAACUUCAUCAGAACUUCAGCCUUUUUCUCACAACUUUAAAAAAAUGGUUGCCUACAUUAACAAACUUUUGCCAUACUAUAUUGCCAGGUAGGAUUGCACAUUUUUCUGGUUAAAACUUAGCUGACAAAUUUUAAUAAUAAAAGGUGCUUCCUGCUCUUAAUAUUAUUGAGAUUCAAACUCUCCUGUAUGAUUUGUCUUACAAUUGCUCAACACGUUUACUUGUUGCUUGAGUGAUUAUGACAAACCACCAUGCAAUUGAUAUUCAAACCAGUUUAAAGAAGUUUAUUUUAUCCCCUUGAAAAAAUGGGCCGACAAAAGUGGUGUGAAACUAUAGGCACAUAAACUAAAUAUAUUAAGUCUUGAAAAUGUUUGUGGAAAUUAUAUAUUUUGGUAAUUUUGACAUAUUUCUCUUGUAAUCAGCUUUAAAUAAAAAAAGUUCUAAGACCUCUGGUUUACAAAGAUCAAACUAUUUACAAUGAGAAAUCAUAUCAUCUUACAUCUUUUAAUUUUUUAUUUUUUUAUUUUUUUUUAAAUUUAGAACUAAUUAUACUUAAUUUUCUUUUCCUUAAUAUUUAAGAACAGUGAUUUCACUAUUUUUAAUUCUUAAAGCCAGAUGUAUAAGAAUCAAGAGUUCAGACCACACAUAUAAAAUUGAAGAGCUGUGCUUUUGAGAUUCUCAAUUCAGUAUGCACAGAUUAGCAGAUUAAGAUUUUGUAGGGCAUUUUACUUUUAUGAAAUGAUUAAUUAGAUAUUUUAUUUUGAGUUGCAUUUUAACUUUUUUUUAGAUCAAAUUAUUUAUUUUUUAAAAUGAACUAUGGCUCUGUUAUUUUGUUUUUGUGUAAUAUUCAUAUUAUUUUUGCUUUAUGUUUAUUAGCCCAUGUAGGAUGUAACUAAAAUUGCUAAUUACUUGUUACCGGUAUUACAGUUUAGAGGAAGAAAAUGCAGUGUCAUCAUGCACACCUACACUGGCUUCUAAAAACAGGGACCUGCUUCUGUCACUGAAUCGCCUGGUGUCUGUUUUCAACAAGAUCAACACAUAUGUUUCCUUACUGGCUGUGCAAAGUAAGAAUAGUUAUCUGAGAGUUAACCCAAUGAAUGGCAGACCGUUUUAAUGUAUUUAUUUGAUUUUUAAAUGUUAGCACUUAAUUGUCUUUAAGUUCAAUAAGAAGCGCUGAGUACACCAGUACAUUUAAUAAUGGUCCAUCACUGUCACCAUCAGUGCCAGGACAUUUUUAGGGUGGGAAUGGGGGGAAGAGUCAAUAUCAAUAAUGUCAAUGGUUCGCUUAUGUCUGAAAAAGUAUUGAAAUUAAAUAACAAAUUACAUUUUUUUCUUCUAAGAAUGCCAUUCUUCCAUGUCAGAAACAACAUUUGUUCCUCCCUUAAUAUUGUUCCACUUCAUCCUGUAAAUGGUUGAGCAGGACCAUAAAAAAUGCUUUCCCAUUUACCGAGAGCAGGGUUACACCCUGCCAAAUAUGAGAAUCGGUAAAGUUUCCUUUCUUUGGUGGUUGGAUGAUCACAUAUUUAUCCCAGCCAUUUUGGAAUGCUAAUGCCUACGCACUGCAACCAGUUGUUGAAAAUUUAGCGUCACACUUUGGCCAGUUUUAACAUUCUGGUGCAGCCUGAUUCCAUCCGGGAGCUAUGUUCAGAAUAAAGCCGUUUGUUUCAUCUAGAAUAAUAAUAAAACAGGUGAUUAUAAAAAAGAAAAACAAAAAUAUUGAUUAAUAUAACUAAUGCCAUUGGCAGGAAUUGGUUAUAUGAUAUCGUCGUAUUAUUUGCAGGUUUACAGGGUCAAGGUCAUCCACAAUCAUCUCAUGCUAAAUUUUUUUCUGGUUUGUGCAAAUCCCUCAAUGACUUGCACGAAGCUAUAAAAGGUGAGCAUUUAAAACAACCCUGGGGCUUUUACAUAAAUGCGAGUAGGAAUCUAAAGCAAAAUGCCAUAGUAAUUCAUUUCAAUUGCCUGUUAGUUAAACAAGGAAAAUUUAUUUUUCACUGUUAAUUGCAGCAAUUAUAGAAAUUAACAGCAGUAAGUCGUUGAUAGCAUUCUAAUUUAUGGAUAUCUCAAUUGUAAAAAAAAAAAAAAAUUAACAAAUUUUUUUUUUUCUUUUUAAUUUUUUUUUUUAAAUUGCUAACAAAAAUAUAUAAUUAUUCAUUGAUAAGUUAAAGGCUGAUGUGUACAACCAUCUCCUUCUUCAUGCUGCAAAAUACCAAUUGAUGGGGUUAUUUUAUUUACCUCAGAGGUUUCCAAACACUACAAUUCAAAAGUAUCUCUGGAGCAUCAACUCCCCACAGCAACUAAAGAACUCAAACGAACUGAUGAAUGUGUUGUUGCAUCUCUUAUAUCUCUGGUCACAAACACAGGAAAGGUGAGUUGGUAAUGUGUUUAUUUAGUUAUGUAUGAACUGCAAAAUGGUAAAGUGGAGCAAAAUGGUAAAGUGGAGCAAAAUGGUAAAGUGCAGCAAAUGGUAAAGUGGAGCAAAAUGGUAAAGUGGAGCAAAAUGGUAAAGUGCAGCAAAUGGUAAAGUGGAGCAAAAUGGUAAAGUGGAGCAAAAUGGUAAAGUGCAGCAAAUGGUAAAGUGGAGCAAAAUGGUAAAGUGGAGCAAAAUGGUAAAGUGGAGCAAAAUGGUAAAGUGGAGCAAAAUGGUAAAGUGGAGCAAAAUGGUAAAGUGGAGCAAAUUUUCUUUUUUAAAAUUGCCGAUAAAAUGCUCAUAAUUAAAAAUCCAUUGAUUACUUGGUGAAAUGUUUGUACAGAUGGCAGCAUUUAUGUCGGGCAAUCUAGAUUUCUUCACACAGCCUGCGGGUUACAGGACUAGAGGAAGCAGCAUCAGUUCUGAUAUGGGGAAAGAGGGCCCGAGGUCACAUCCAGCAGUUAACUCAUUCAGACAAAGGGCAUCACAGUUUCUUUCAUCUAUAUCAAAGGUACAGAAGUCUAUUAUAAUUUAUUUCAAGCCAUUUAUUGUUUCUUUCAUUUCAAGAUCACACUUACAUUCCAUUGUACUUCCCCAAAGCAAAUUUUUUUACAAUAAAUAUGCUAUAUCUCCAUUCAUUAAAAUACAAGCAUGCAGAUUUGAAGGUAAUACUAAUACUUCAUGUUUAUAUAAAUUAUUAAUAAACUUAUACAGUGGUACCUUGGUAUGCAUCAGCUUUGAAAUAAGUCCAACUUGGUAUAUGUCCUGUUUGGACGAGAAACAUUUUGCUUGGUAUAAGACCUUCGUUUGGAAUACGACCCUGGUGCGUGCUAGAAUUUGUAUGUGUCAAAAUGAUUUUUAGUAAAAGUCAAACCUUUUGAGCCUCAACCAGGGUCAACUAGGGAAAAGAGGCAGAAAAAAGAAAACACAAGGAAAAAAAAAACAACAAUAGAAUGUCGUAUUCCUGAAGUUUUAUUGGAAGCGGACUCUCCUUCAAAUCAAUAACAUCUCCUCCUUCUCAGCACCAUAUAGUAAGCACUUGACCCUUCUCACCAAGGUAAAGUGAGGUUAAAUUUUCAUUUAUUUCACCUAAGUUUUUUUUGUUUAUGUAUUUUAGUAUUAAGCAGUGCUUAAAUUAUUUUAUACAACCGUGUCAAUAAAUGUAUGUAUGUAUGUAUAGCAUCUUUCCGUCUGCGGGAGACGAUAGAUUAUCUUUAUUGCUUGCAGCUCUUGGUGUGGCUGGUGAGACCAAUCCUUGAAUGGCAGUCUCUGUUACAUUUCCCACAAACGAAUGCGGUGGAGCAGUAUUUACCGGCCUUCCUCCUCGCUCUUUUUGCAGCUGUUUCCGCCCUGUUUUGAUCCUCGGCAUGUAGUGAUCCUGCCUUCACGAUGCCCCGCCAUGAGGAUCGAUCCUCUGCCAGCUCCUCCCAGUUUGAGAUGUCGAUGUUGGCCGACUUCAUGUCUCUUUUGCAUAUGUCUAAGUAUCUCAGACGAGGCCGUCCAACUGACCUUUUCCCUGUCGCCAGCUCGCUGUAUAGCACGUCCUUUGGUAUGCGACCAGAUUGCAUUCGCUUGACGUGUCCAAGCCAGCGGAGGCGUCUUUGGAUUAACAUGGCUGGGACGCUACACAUGUUUGUUUGGGACAGGACAUCCGUGUUGGGGACUUUGUCUUGCCAUUUAAUGUCAAGGAUGUGGCGCAGGCAUCUGAGGUGGAAGCCAUUGAGCCUUCUUUCGUGUUUAGAGUAUGUGGUCCACGACUCGCAUCCAUACAGAAGUGUGCUCAGUACGCAGGCCUGGUACACCUGCAGCUUAGUUCUUGUUGUGAGUUUGGCGUUUGACCAGACUCUUUUCUUCAGUCUGGCCAUAACAGUUGCGGCCUUCCCUAUCCUCCCACUUAUCUCAUCCUCCAUUGAGAGGGUGCUCGAUAUGUUGGAUCCCAGAUAUGUGAAUCUGUCAACAGUAUCCAAGUCGUAGUCGUCGAUGGCGAUAGUGGGGAGGGAGUCAGCGCCCUGUUCCAUAAUGUUAGUUUUCUUUAGGCUAAUUGUCAGGCCAAACUCUUUGCAGGCAGCGGAUAGGCUGGAUACGAGGCUCUGCAGGCCGUCAGCUGUGUGAGAUACCAAAGCGGCAUCGUCCACAAACAAGAACUCUCGCAGCAAGACCUUUCUUGUUUUAGUCUUAGCUCUAAGGCGGGCAAUGUUGAAUAAUUUGCCGUCAUCUCUAGUGUGGAUGUAUAUCCCCUCGCUGUUGUUCUGAAAGGCAUACUGGAGUAGGAUGGAGAAAAAGAUUGCAAAUAAAGUAGGAGCCAGCACGCAACCUUGCUUUACUCCACUACCCACUGGAAAAGCUUCUGAGGCGGCACCGUUAUAGCACACUGUGCCCUGCAUGUUUUCGUGGAACUGCUUGAUGAUGUUAAGCAGUCGUGUAGGGCAGCCUAUCUUUUUGAGGAUCUGAAACAGGCCGCUUCUGCUGACAAGAUCAAAAGCCUUAGUGAGGUCGACAAACGCAAUGUAUAAAGGCAUAUGUUGCUCCCUGCACUUCUCCUGCAGCUGGCGCAGAGAGAAGAUCAUGUCUAUGGUUGACCUACCGGCGCGAAAACCACAUUGCGAUUCUGGGAGUACACGCGAUGCUAGGGUCUGUAGGCGUGUUAAUGCAACUCGGGCGAAAGCCUUUCCAACUAUGCUGAGGAGGGAGAUUCCACGAUAGUUGUUGCAGUCACUCUUGUCUCCUUUAUUUUUGUACAAUGUAACGAUGUUUGCAUCUUUCAACUCUUGUGGUAGCUGUCCCUGUUCCCAGCACAGAGUAAGGAGAUCGUGCAAGGGCCGUAAUAGUACUCCUUUUCCACAUUUGAGAGCUUCUGGUGGGAUACCAUCAUUGCCCGGGGCUUUCCCACUGGCGAGACAAUCGAUGGCUCUACGUAGCUCUUCUAUUGUGGGUAGGGCUUCAAGCUCCUCUUGACCGGCAAGUCUGGGAUAUCGUCCAGGGCUCUGAUCUCCAAGACUGCUCCCUUAAUGUCCAAAUCAGCGGAAAUUUGAUUACUGAUCGAGAUAAACAACUUAAGCAGUGGAUAGAGCACUACUUGGAAAUAUAGGCAACGAUAAACCAAGUCUCAACCGCUGCCCCGGACAAAUAAAUGUAUAAUAUGCCAAUAACAAUAUGAUUUUUUUUUCAUGGGAACGGAUUAAUCAUUUUCCCUUUAUUUCUUAUGGGAAAAAUACAUUUUGUAUAUGUCCUGUUUGGUAUAAGUCCAAGGAUCUGGAACGGAUUAAGGACAUAUACCGAGGUACCACUGUAAUUAUAAAUAUAAUUGAAACAUUUUCAUUCACAUGAGAUUAAUCUCCUCUUUCCUUUUUAUAUUGGAAAUAUCAUUUCUAGAAUCCUAUAAAGAAAUAAAGACAUACUCAGAUUUAUACAGACAUGCCUCAUAGAUCUGAAAACACAUUUGAAUGUUCAUUUUCACUGUACAAUUUCUAUGCUUUAAGAAGUCAUUGCACCAGAAUAUGGGCAGGAAAUUCAGAGCAUGUUUAGGAAAGCACUCAUUACUGUAACGCUAUGAAAGUUAAAAUCUGCUACAAGAGAUUCUAAGGAACAAAUUAGUAUUGAACACAAAUUUUUGGAGAUCACAGUGAAAAAUGAGCAUUUAACUUACCCUUAAAAUAAUAUUUAAAUAUUUAUAAUGAACAUGGGAGAGUCCUCAGUUACUCUCUUUGAAUAAUGAUGGAAAAAAUGUAAUUUUGAAAAAUGCAGACUUAAAUGUUAAGAGAGAUACAGCUACAGUUAUAGUCAUAAAAAUGAUCAAAGACCUAUUAAAUUCCCCUAAAUGCCGAGAGCUAAAAGGAAGAAAAUAAAAAAUAAAUUGUAGCACAAUUGAUUUUUGUUAGGAAAUUUUUUCUUUUCUUCUUCAUUUCACUACUUCCUUUACAGUCAUACUUUCAAACUGACUCGUGAAACUUAGCCAAAUAACCAAAAUCUGCAUAUCAAGGAAUGUACAGAUUUUAUAAUAAAUCUAUUAUCCAGAAAAUUUGUGUCCUUUAAAUGACAGAUUUUUAAUUCAACAGCCUUCACAAGAUUCAGUUCCAUACUGUGUAGCUGUGCAGAACAGGAAAACUUUACUGAGCUCAGCUGAAAGUAAAGAGGGGCUGGCUAAACAGGUAUUGUCUGUUGCCAAUUAUUGUGAGAUCUGUGUCCAAAAUUAUCUAUAUAUUAAAUGCUCAUAGGCAGUUGCAAUUAUAUUAUGAGAAAAAAAAAAUAUUUGCUAAUUAAAUCUUUUAAUAAUUCAUAAUUUUACUAAGUAUGACACUAGUAAAGGUUAAUUUUACUAAGUAUGACACUAGUAAAGGUUAACCUUUUCUUUUACUUUCCCAGCUUUCAAUUUUCCAACAAAAGUUCUCAAAACUAGAGCAAGAGAAAGAGCAUUACUUGCUAGAGCUGCAACUGCUUAAGAUCAAAUUUGAGAAUGAACAAGUGGUGAGUGGUUGCCUGGCCCACUGCAUUUAGAUUGUCAUCCAUUAUUUCAUAAGUUUCAUCUACUGCCCCAACAUUAUAAUAAAGUUAUCAGACUGUGGGUUGGCAAUCAUGAGCUGGAUAGGGAACAUCACAGGGGUAUAAUGAAAAGGAUAAACCAGUCUUUAUUAAACCCAUUUUAUGGGAUAUGUUGACAACAAGGAUGUCAAAAGUUCAAAAUCAAAUGCAAGUAAAUAAGAAAUAUGUCUGCUAAAAGGCUUUUUUUUUUAUUUGAAAGAUUUCUUCAGCAAAAAAAAAAAGAAAUAUCUUUAUUAAAAGCUUUCUUCAGCAAAAAAGAAAGAGCGAGCAAACAUGUAAAUAUAAUAUAUAAAUUGCUGAGAAACAAUCAUUUUGUAUAGUUUUUAAUACACUAAAAUUAUUUAAUAAGUAAAUAGCACUAAAGAAGGUUAGAAACACUGGGCUUAAAAUAUACAAGUUUGUACUUUUUGUUUUUCACCAUUUUUUAAAUUAUUAUUUGAAUCAAUACAUAUUAAUAGGUUGGAUUAUCAUAUAUAUUUUCGAAUCAUUUUCGAAUCAAAUUUUUUUUUUUUUUUUUUUAGAGUGCAACACUGAGGUAAUUUUUAUUUUAAGUUCUGUGCUCUCCUUUUUAGAGUGCAACACUGAGGUAAAUUUUAUUGAAGUUCUGUGCUCUACUGUUGUUGCUUUUUUUUUUUCUUCAGAAAACAAGGCAGUUGGAAAAAGAAAUAGACAUGGUAAGGGCCAGCUCAAGUGGUGUAAGCAGUGCUGUGGCAUCCACCUCAUUGGAGGAUCAUAUAGAAAAAUUGACACUCCCUUCAGAUAUAAGCACUCGCUCAGACUCUGUUAACAGUGGAUCAUACCUCGACACCAGCAUGGUGAGGCUAAAUUUUUUUGAUUUGUAUAUAAUAAAUCAAAUUUUUAAGAGAAAAGGGAAAUCUGCAUCCAUUUGUAGACAGAAAUAAAAAAAAAAAAAUUUUAAAACCAAAGAGCUUAACUUGAAAUUUAUUUAAAAUAAACUGUUUUAGUUCAGAAAUACAUAUUAAGAGUUUAUUUUAAUUUUAUAGCUGGGACAGCUAGAAACCAACGGAUCUGUUAAAAAUGAUGUAGACACCAGAGAACAACUGAUAAUGAAUCAUUACAACACAAGAAUAAAUGAGCUGACACUUCAGUUACAGCAGGCGGACAGCAAGGCAGUCAGUUUCCAUGCAGAGGUCUGUGGUUUCUUCAAAUAAGCAUGGGAUAUUUUAUAUUUAAGAAAAUAAUUAUUCAUCCAAAUUUAAUCACACUUUAUUAUUUUUCUUAUUUUAUUAAAUGAUGAAUAAAAUUUUAAAAUUCAGUUUUUAACAACUUAUGUGGAAAUUGCUUUGGAUUAAUGUAAUAUCAUCACACAUAUGAUAUUCCUCUUACUCUGCAUUGAACAUAUUUUUCCCUGAAACCUUACUGCAUGACGGCUAAUAAGAGCCGGGACUUUCAUUUUAUUGAACAUUAUACCUUCAGGUACGAGCUUUACAUAAACAACUGAAAAUUGCGGAGAAGGCAAAGGAAGUGUGCCAAGAUGAACUGAAAAUUGUUAACCAAAGUUUAGCUCAUCUGAAGGUCAGUACCAUAGAGCUUUUACAACAAGUAAAAUAUAUUUAAGAAGCAUCUUUAUUUUAGCUAACUGAACAAGCUGGAAGGAGUCCUCCACAUUUGCAAAAACAAUAGCUAGUUUGCUUGUUAUGGAAACCCAGAACUAUCUGAAAGCUUACCCCAUGUCCAGCUAUGUUACCCAGACGCCAAAUAAAAUAUAUAUCAUCUAAUUUCCCCAAAAAAAAGAUAGGAGUUAAAUUUUUCAUUGUUUUCUAAAGGAUGAACUCCAGACAACUACGCGCAGCUAUGAAGGUCAGCUUAGCAUGAUGAGUGAGCACCUGGCAGGCAUGAAUGAGAAACUGGCUCAACAGAAAGAUGAGAUUGAUGAACUUAAGCAGCACCUCACCCAGAAAGGCUCAUCUUCAAAGGUAAUUAAUGGUUUAUAAGUUACAAGUGCACUACAAACAGGCCCAACAAAUUUUAUUGUAUAUGUUCAAGUAAAUAAGUUUUAACACCCCCUAAUCUCUUGAUAUGCAUAUGUAUUUAUAAGAUAUACAUUAUGCACAACUAAAUGGUGUUCCUAAGGAAUAAAUUCCUGGUUCUUAUUACGAUACCAGUUUCAAUAAUUUGGUUAUCACAGUUAGAAGUUAAAUUAAAUCUAUUGUUAUGCAUGGUGGCAGAUGCUGAUUAAAAUUUCCAGAGGUGGAUAAAAAAAAACAACUGUAAUGAGUAACAGGUUUUAAUGUGUGUCGUGUGUGUCGUUCCGUGAGUCCCCCUUUUUUUUUAAUAAUAAUUUUUUGUUUCCCAUAGAUAAUGAAAAAGUCCAAGAAAUGAUGACAGCCUUUAGUAUUAACCAUAGGUCUUUCCAAACUGUACGUGAUUUAGUGAAGAUGGUACCAAGUGUUGAACACUCAAGUCUUCUAGCUAUUCACCUUGCCAUGAUCUUGAGAUUAGCUUGUUUAUAGCUAGGUUACCUGAGGAUUUGAGUUGAUGAUUUAAUGGAGAGUUUAAAAAAUUUAGUUUGCAAGAUCCUUAUAUAGAUGCAUUAUAAAUUACUGUUGAAUUAUAAAAAUAUGUAUCAAUCAUUGUAACCUGUAGGUUUUAUCACUCUUUAUUAGUAAAAUAAUUAUUUUUUACUGAGUACAUCACAUGGGUGGAUAGUUUCAUUUAAAUUGUAAAUAUCUUUGUAUGGAGCAGUGUUUUUCAUUAACAUUUUAUGCCAUUUUGAAAAAGAUGUCAAUCCCUCUCUCAAAUGUUAAAAUGUUAAUUUGUGUUAUUCUUCUACAUACUCUACGAAAAACAACUUAUCAAUCUGUUGUAAUAUUCACUUUUUGAGGAAUGUUCCAUUUGUGUCACUUAUUCAUAGCUCUAGCAGUGGUUAAUACUUCUUAGGCAUGAAGUGUGUUGUUUUCAUCACUGCAAAUUGAGUCUUUAUUUAGGGUAUUACUAAUAUGUUUAAUUUGGACAAAUUUAAAUCAUUAAUAUAACUCUCCAGCGCUAGAAAUAAUUAAAUUAUUUACUUUAAAUUUUAAUAUGAAAGUUGUUUUUUUCUACGUCUGAAGUGUCCCUAUAUCUCAUUUUAAAAAUUAAAAAAGGCGUUUGCUUAAAUACUCAUCUAAAUAUAUACUCCUCUAUUAAUUUCUUUUCUUCUUAACACAGCUCUGUAGACACCUGGAAGUCUGUCUUAUUAAUAAUAAAGGAGAGCCAAAAAUUGUUAAAGAGAUUAAUUUAAGUAUCAAAUAUAUUAUUUAUUAUCAUUAAUUUUAUAACUAUCAGAAUGAUGAUACCAAGCUAAACAGUUUAAUAACCAUGUGCCUACCAGUAUAUCUUAAUAUAUUUUUAUGAUAUAUAACAUCAUUGAAAUGCCAUGAACCUAGUAAUGGGGACAGUUAUUGUUAAUGUUAUAGGGUUCAUUUAGUUUUUUUUUUUUUUUUAAAAUUAUGUAUCAGUUAGUGAAAGCAAUAAUUUUACCAGAGAUUGGAUUAUCUAGAAUGUAGGACUCAUCUUUAACCAUAAAAUAUGGAAUGUAGCAGAUUGUUAUUGUUGCAAUCAUGUGCAAUAUUAUUGAUGUUUGGCAAGUAUGAUUUAACUAAGAUCAAGUUCUAUUUUAUUUAUACAUUAUUUAUUUUUAAUUUAAACCCAUUCCAAAAUAAUUUAUACUUUUUUUUUUCUUUUUAAAUAAAUUUUAAAGCCCAUUAUUUUGGGUAGACUUUUAAUAUUUUUUUUGUGUUAAGAAUGACCUUUCAAUUUAAAGACUAUUUGAUGUAAUUUGGACAUUAUUUGCAUGUCUGUUGUGUACUUUUAAAGGGAAGCCCUGUACAAAUUGAAACAAAAGUCCAAUAGUGUUCCUGCCUUAAGGUUAAUUUUCUCAUAUUAUGUUAUAUCACUUGGAUUUUUCAUGUAAAUAUGUCAAUGUGAGAGUCUUAUCUUCUUAUGAAAACUAAAAGUGCUGAGCUUAUAUUUCAGAUCAGGUUUUCUGAACUAUUUUUUAAUCACAUGAAUACUGUUCACAUCUUGUGAAUAUUUGUUUUAAGAUUAAUGAAGAAAGUUGCAUUUGUUUCAAUCAAUUUCAUUGACUCCCAUAUGGUUAAGAAGUCCCUGUUUUAAUGAUUAAAUUAAUUAAUAAAUUACUUUUUACUGCUUACCUCUUGGAAUUGGAAUGUAUUACUCAAUUCACAACUUUUUUUUUUUAAAAGAACUUUUUGACAAUUUGUUUCAUUCCAACCCCAAGGUUUAUACCAUGUAAAAAAAAAAUACUUUUUAUGCCACAAAUAGCCCACAAUUUACACAUGCAUUAUUUUUUAAAUUGUAUUAGCAAUUAAUAUGAUUUAUCAGUCAGUUUCAUUUUGUAAUUUCAUUCACAUGUAUUAUCAGUAAGAUUAUGUAAUUUUGAUUAUAUGCAAAUCUCUGACAAUUUUAAGAAGCCAUUUAAAACAGGAAGAAAAAUCAAUAGAUUUUGCAGCAGAAAAUCAUGGUAGCUAAAGUAAAAUUAUUUGUGAAUGUUUACAUGAACUAUGAAAGUGGGUUUUUUAGGCUGUGAAAAACGCUACAAACUGCAAUAAAUUAUGUGUAGAUGCAUCAAUGUACCUGUUCUUGUAUAGUUUGUGUUGUGUUUUUUGUUGUAAUGACUUAC